AUGCUCAACCAGCUUAUCCGUCCAAGUGUCCACAGAAUAGCGUUUUCUGCGUCCACAUUUCUAUCAAAGCCGACAUUUGGUCUUAUGAAUCCUAUAAUAUGCAGAGGCUUCAAAGUCAGGACGGCAGUCAAGAAAUUUUGCAAUGACUGCUAUAUGGUCAGACGCAAAGGGAGAGUCUAUGUGUAUUGCAAAUCCAACAAGAAGCAUAAGCAGCGUCAAGGUUAA